AUGCUGGGAAAAAGUGUCUCGAAAGAGCACUUUCAGCCCCGAACAUGUUCGGGGAAGAAACCAUUGAAAACUGGCCAGGAUAAAGGGAAUUUAGAGGAUAUUGUUUUCAUUGACUUAGAUAGUGAUCAGUUUGAUGAUGUAGAAAUCAUAGAUUGUCCUGAAGUUGUUACGCAAAAGUUGCGUGGGUCAAGUGGGACGAGUAGAGGUAGGAUAUCGACACCUCAAAGUGUUAUUAGCAUUGAUGAUGAUGACGACGAUGAAAGUGAUGACGUGUAUGAUCCUGAAAUUUUUGUAGAUGGUGUUGGAGAGUUGGAUAGUGAUGCGUCUUCGAAUAAAAGAUUUUAUACAGCUUCGAGAUCUAUGCAACAUUCUGUAGUUGUAGAUGUUGAUGAUGUCGUUGAAAAAGAUUCUGUUUCAAAGAGGCAAAAAAGUGAUAAAGCUUCCGUGUCUAACGGGAAAAAGCGCGAGGAAGUAUUCACUCCAAAGCCUGCUGAAAGAAAUUGUUAUGGUUUAUUUGAGUCUGAAAGUGAUAGUGAUUGUUCUGAUUGUGAGGUUAUUAAACGUGAACAGUGGGAAAAGGUUUCAGCAAAGAGAAAGUUCCGUGUAUUUAAUGAGCAUGCCAGUUCUUCUGGCUUACAGAAAAAUAUUUACAAUAAUAUAGAUAUAGAAGUGGAAAAUAGGUCUAGCAAGCAUGGGAAAGACCAUUUAUAUGGUCCUAGCAGUAGUAAAAAUGUAAAAGAGAAUCAAUCUUCCUUCACUGUUAAGGAUGAUAUUCGGCACGGGGAAAAAACAACUAAAGAAAAAGUUUAUCCCUGCCCCAAGUUGAAAAACUGCAAUUUCUGUAAUGGUGUUACUGGUCCUUCAGGGUUAGACAAUGAGCGGGGAGAUGAAGAGUCUGAGUUUAAGGAUGCUACUCGACAUGGAGAAAGGACAACUACAGAAAAAGUUUCUGCCUGCCCCAACUCUGAAAACUCUAAUUUCUCUAAUGGUGUUACGGGUCCUUCAGGGUUAGACAAUGAACGAGGUGAUGAAAAGUCUGAAUUUAAGGAUGCUACUCGACAUGGAGAAAGGACAACUACAGAAAAAGUUCAUGCUCGCCCCAACUCUGAAAACUCUAAUUUCUCUAAUGGUGUUACUGGUCCUUCAGGGUUCGAGAAAGAACUAGGUGAUAAAGAGAAGUUUAUGAGCUCCAACCAAGAUGUACAAGACAUGCAAGUUGACGAUAAUGAAUCUCCAUUGAAUGCACAUGACAGGCAAGUUGACGAUGAUGAAUCUCCAUUGAAUGCACAUGACAGGCAAAUUGAUAAUGAUGAAUCUCCAUCAAGGAGUAAAAAUGACAAUAUUUCAAAAGGGAAUUUUAACGGUACCUCUUUUGAAAAAAUACAUUUUAAUGGUCCUGAGUUUGAGUUACGUACUCAAGAUGCUGAUCUUAAUGCGUCAAAUGAAAAGAAUAUAAUUAAUCAAAAAGAAAAGCUUAAGGAAACCGAUUUAUAUAAACAAGCCAUGGAAGAGGAAUGGGCAUCAAGACAGCGACAAUUGCAAAUUCAGUCAGAGGAAGCACAAAAAUUGCGCAAAAGAAAAAAGGCUGAAAGUCGCCGAUUGCAGGACAUUGAAAGAAGGCAAAAAGAACGCGUUGAAGAAGUGAGAGAGACAGAUAAGAAGGAGGAAGAAUAUAUGAACAUGAAAGAGCAACUGCGGGGUGAAGUACUGAAGAAGCUCAAUCAAUUGGAGAAUGAAUGCUCAGAUAUGACGUCACUGCUUCGUGGCUUAGGAAUAACUGUGGGGACAAGUCUUAGACCUUUACCCAAUGAGGUGCAUGCUGCCUACAAACGGGCUAUGUUUAAGUUCCAUCCAGACCGUGCAUCAAAAACUGACCUGCGCGAGCAUGUUGAGGCCGAGGAGAAGUGCAAGCUCAUCUCACGAAUGAAGGAGAAGUUUUGUAAUACUUCAUGGCACUAG